AUGGCCAACAAACAUAUCACAGAAAACGCAUUGCUUGCUGUCAUUGGUGACGAGGUAAACAUCAUCAAUCAUCUAAUAAUAGUAAAAGAUACAACAACCAUUGCAUUCGACUACAGGGCUUGCGAUAAUCAUACCACGCCGACUUGA